AUGACCGGGCCUGCACGAAACGCAAGUGAAUCAGGGAUGCACAAGAAGAAUCGACGGCGCAAGCACAAGACGCUGCGCAAGUCUCGGUCAGGGACCGAGACUCUUCAUGGUGUGUCUGCCGGGCAGACACAAGUGGCCACAAUGGCCGUCGAGACGUUGAACGUCUUGACCCGGGCCAGUACUGGGUAUCAGUACGAGAAGAUGGAGUUGGAGAACCCUCCGACUGAUGCGUCGGAGUUGACCUCGCUUCCAGCCAUGAGCUGGAAGCGCUUCGCAAAGGACCUGUACAAUGGACGCAUCAAACAGCUAUGCAUUCUUUCGGAGCGCGAAAGAAUGACAAGCGAAGCAGAAGAGUUGAGGCAACUCUUCGCAGAAAGCGCCACUGAGAGCGAGGAUACUCUUAGUGCCAAGACCAAGAAGGAGCGCUUCGAGGAGCAGAGUUGGGACUCACUGAAGUUGAGUCCCUAUUACGAGAUCCUGCGAGAGCACAGGGACGUGCUCCCGGACGAGAUCCUUGCGGGGCUUCCGCGAUACAAGGGAAUACAGCACGAGAUUGACCUGGUGCCGGGAUCGAAGUAUUGCGUGACGCGG